AGCCAUUUACUUCCACUCCGCUGACCCUGUACGCACUGGAUGUCAUGUGACGCUGACUAUAGUACAACUCCACCGCCCCGAAUGUUGUCAGUAGGACGGCUGUUGCACGAGCUGUAAACUCAAGGGCGAACCGCGCCGGUUCUGUAGGCUACCUCCGCGUCCGGACGCGAAGGAAUACCCGGUUCACGGGGCGUUGCAUUGCGGAUUACAUUCUUCUUGAAAUUGUGCAAGUGUUGACAGUCUCACUCGGUUACUAUCGGUCAGGUUGGCCGAGGGGCCCCGGCAAGGGGCGCCGCUCCUCCAAUCACUGGAACCAAGCUCCGCCAAGGAAAUUAAACGCUGGCCUGGGAACUUAUAUUUGGAUCACUCUCUCACACAAACUAUUAAAGAAACACGGACAUCAAAAGAAGAGAAGGAAUAUCUUUAUUUCCCCCUCAGUUGCCAGGGAUGGUAGAUAACUUCCCAGGAAAGGUGGAGCCUCACGGUGGCUCUCCAGUUGCCUAUGGCCUGUCAGACAUGGUGACUGACUCAGGCUCCUACCAGGUGAUGCCCUCGCCCUUCUCCGAAGACGACCGCAGCGAUUCGUCCAGCCCGCGAUCGUGCUCCAGCCCGGACUCCCAGGUGCUGAGCUCUAGCUAUGGCAGCAACUCAAGCACCGAGAGCCAGGACAGCAUUCUGGAUUACCUGCUGUCCCAGGCCUCUCUGGGGGGCUCCAGCGGGGCCGCGGUCCCCCUGCCCAUGUCUCCUCUUCUCUGGAACUCCCGCAAGGGAGUGUCCUCCAAGCGAGAGCUUUUGAAGGAGGAGAGUUUGGACUUCCCCAUUUGGUCCAGUGUGGAGAUGGAGGAUCCGCUGGGGGGGUCUUUCCAGCCUACGCUGGAGGAGAUCGAGGAAUUCCUGGAGGAGAACAUGGAGGUGGUGAACAUGGAGAACCAGGAGGAAGGCACUGUGGUGUUCGGGCUGGAUGAGGUGCUUUGUGUCAGUGUUGGUCGGGACCUUUGCAAGAAGGCCUCCCUGCCGGGGCCCACAGUGAAAUCAGAGGUCCAUACUUUGGACCAAACGGUUCCAGCUGUCACCAACUCUGCAUCCAUAGCCAACGCCUCCAUCCCUAAAAUGGAAACCAAAACCGCAGCAGUCGCCAACCUCAAACAGGAAUCAAGUGUAGGACCCGACACGGGGCCCAAGACCAUGCUUCCCGACGAGGCUGUGUUCACAAAGAGCAGUGCUGGUGAUGGGGCACCGGUCGUCCUCAGGAUCCAGCCCCUCCGAAUCAAACAGGAGCCAGGGACCGCCCCCCUUGCCCCAGCCAGCAAGCUCCCUCAGCCCUCUCCAGCCUCAGACGUCAGCAUCGCUCAGCUCCUGGUCCACAUCCAGGGCCAGACGUUCGCCCUGGUGCCCCAGCUCUUCCCCUCGCCCAGCCUCAACGCCUCCUCAAAGUUUGUGCGCAUCGCCCCGGUUCCCAUAGCGGCCAAGCCCCUGUGCACCGGCGACGGGGCGGCCGACCUGGGGGCAGGACUCCUGAUCGGGGCUCAGAAGUUCCAGAAGAACCCGGUGGCAGACCUCAUUAAAAUGCACAAAUGUCAUUUUCCUGGAUGCACCAAGAUGUACACCAAGAGCAGCCACCUCAAGGCCCACCUGAGGCGACACACAGGGGAGAAGCCCUUCGCCUGUAGCUGGCCGGGCUGCGGAUGGAGGUUCUCCCGGUCGGACGAGCUGUCGCGGCACCGCCGUUCGCACUCGGGGGUCAAGCCCUACCAGUGCACCGUGUGCGAGAAGAAGUUUGCCCGCAGCGACCACCUGUCCAAACACAUCAAAGUACACAGCUUUCCGCGGCGCAGCAGGACUCAGCGCACGGCUAGCUGAGCUUUUGUUUUGCUAGUUAUAUCUUGUUGUUUUCUGAGGAAGAGCGAGAGCUUGCGACAUUCUAAUUUAUUGUACAAAGACAAAGCAACCAAGAGUUCCUCUCUGCUCCUCAGCAGAGCUCCCCAGGGGGCGGUUGUCACACCUAGUGCUUUAACAUGUUGUGCUCUUUGUUUGUUGUCCAAGUCUCCCAUUAUCGCUUUGCUAAUGUACCUAGUGUGUCAGUGUUUCCUUGUUUUUAGCUGGACAGAAAAGAAACAAAAAUAAAAAACGAAAAUGCCUUUUCUACCAUUUGGGAAGCUGCCAAUGUCUCUCCGACAUUCCUCCAUUUUAUGCAAUGUCACAGGUUGGGUGUGUGAUGCCCUCUGACCGACCUCUGAUGGAUCUGUGAAGGAUCUCUGGUAGAUCUCUGAUGGUUCUCUGGCUCGGUUCCAGUGAUGGCCACAUCAGGUUACCAAUGUACACUACUGAACACAUAGCAAGGAAAGGUCGCUAUAAGGGGGGGUUCCCAAGUCAAAGUCACCACGUGUUAAAGGUACAUUUCAUUGCUCGAUAUGUGACUGAACUGUAAUAUGGAGCAACGUAAGCAAAUGCAAAACUAUGUAAAACUACAGUUAGAUAAGCACAUGUCAAUGAUGGUCGAGCAGACCAUCUGGUGAUCAGUGCUAACUGUAAAAUGUUUUUAUAUUCUAGUGUUUAUUGAGAUAUGAGAUAUGUACUUGUUAAUCUUUCUUCUUAUCGCAUCUCUGGCCUUACUGUAAUACAAAGCCCUCAGUGAAGAGCUCAACAGUUGAAAAAAAUCUGUUUCUUCAGUUCUAUAUUUUUGAUCAAGAUGACUGUAAUAUAGAUUUUUAAAUAAUUAAGGUUUUAUAAUACAGCCAAUGUCAAACAAACAAUGCAUUUCAAGAAAAUGUAGUGUGUGUGUUUGUAAUUAAUUAUGCAUUUAAUCACUGCCUUUGUGAAUUGAUACAGAUUCUGCCUCAACUAUGCUAAUUUGAUACAACAAUAGUCAGACCCACCUUUGCCAUCACCUCUUGGGUUGAGGUGCUCAGAUAUGACACGCCAUGGUGCUGAACAAUACGAAGAAUGGCCUGCUGGGAAAUGGAGUUGCAAAAUACACAACUUGGCCAUAACAGAGUUGUUUUUGAUCCUUUGCUCUUGAAAGGUAUGCUUAUGUAACAAUGGCAUGUAGUGAACUGUAAGUGUGUGAAAAUGCCGUCCAUGCAUUAUUCAUGAAUGAACCAGAUGAUAUUGUACGUCAUUCCUUCUCAUUCAAUUUUUGUAUUUUCAAUGCCUGUUGAACACAGGUUGUUUUAUCGCAUCCUAUGAAUGUACAGCAUAUAUAUGCGCUCUUCAGUAGCCACAUUCAUGGCAAACACAGAAGACUGUUCUGAUAUUCAGUGUUGUGAACAUUGCUUGUGUAAAUCCCUAAAUGUGCACAUUUGCAUAUUUCACUGCAUAAGAAUAUAUAUAUUUUUUCUUUGUUCUACUCAAGCUAUAUUUACAAAUAAAAGUUGAGAAUAAAGUGAA